AUGGUAGAAUCACGAAAGCGUACAUCUUCACCCGUCGAGGUCGACCAGAAAAAACCGAGAAAGAAGGCUCGUACGACGGCCAAACCCAAGAAAGCCGUCAAGAAUGUUGGCACUUGCUCGAUGGACAAGAAGCAGAUUGGAGACCGCGUCAAGGCAGCACUGGCUUUGAAUAAGUACGCGCUCAAUCGGACACUCCAAAUGGACACAGCCUUCUUCCGCACCUUCUUCGUCGAUAACGACAAGCUCAGCAAACCACUACCAAUCACCCCCACAGAGUUCGACGACACUACCCCCGUGGUCGUCGUGGAUCUCAGCCGUAACCAAUCAGGCGAGUUGCUCGGAGUUACUAAGGUUAAGGGAGGAAAUAGGUUAGCCACGACGCACUUGGCGGCUAUGUGUGUUGUGUUCUAUCCGAGCCGAGGCAUGGCCAAGAUCUGGUUGUCUGUGUAG